AUGGAUGGCACACUGCAGAUUCGUGACUUCUUCUACGCGGGGUACGAGAACUACUGCCUGAGGAACUUCGAGACAGCCAGCAAAGAAGAGCGGAAGGAAGCGGAGGAGUACAUAUAUCAAAUAUACAUGCGGAGGAACGAGAAGGAUGCUCUGCUAGGUUUGAAAAAGUCCCCCAAUGAGAACCUCCAAUGGUUGUGCAAAUACUACCAGCAUUAUUACUUGAAGGAGAAGAAGGCGAAGGAGGGUAACGCCAUAGAGGCAGAGGCGCUACUAAGCGAGGUGGAAAAAAUGAAAAUAACUUCCCCCAAUGGAAACAUCUUAAAGAGUAGACUCCUAUUCGAGUGCAACAAGUUACAGGAGUGCUUCGAGUUGUUAGCAGAUGGCCCAAUAGAAGUGACGUCGGCCAAAAUCGUCCUUCUCCUCCUCAUCAACCGACCUGACUUGGUGAUACAAAUGAUAGAAGAAUACAAAAGGAUGAAUGACGAAAUACCUAUUGUAAAAAUUAUCCUAGCCAUAUUUUACCUCUAUACAGAAAAUCAAAAAGAAGCCUUUUUAAUAUUUGAUGAUUUGGAGUCCAUGUGUGGAUCAAUCGUGAACGACGUGUCCACUGUCAUUCUUAAUGGGAAGGGUGUGUCGAAUAUUUUAAACUACGAGUUUAAUGAUGCGAAAGAGUUUUUGAAGAAUGCACUCAAGGAGGAUCCCACAAAUGGGGACGCCCUUUACAAUUUGAUCACAUGCUCUUUGUAUUUAUACGAGCUGGAGGAGGCCAGUGAUUACUUGGACAAGCUCUAUGAUUCCUUCCCCACGCAUGAGAGCUUAACCGUUUUGAAGAAAAUCGACGAUGCCGUUGAUAACUUCGUUGCGCAGUUUUAG